UUGAAGAGAGAUAGUAAACGUUGAUUGAGCAUUCACCACAAGAUAAUUAGAAUUUGAUUCCAAAAAAUUAUUAUGUUGAAGUAAGCAUUCAUCACCACGUGUGCUCUUCAACUGCCGUUACAAAUCUACAAUCUCCUCCCCAAAUUCACACACUACUAAACCCUUAAAGCUCAAAUUACAACAAUUAAGCUGCAAAAUUUUAACUUAACAAGCUCCAAUUCAAUGGCUUUCUCUUCAAUUUUCACUUCCCCUUUGCCCUCAUUAUCCAUUUCUAAUGCAAGAAUUCGACCUAAUUUUUCCCCUUUUAUGGCUCUUCACUCAAUUUCCAGCAAAAUCGGAUUUGGGUCCUUAAAUUCAUCGUUUUUCCAAGAUGGAUUUUCUCUAAAAUCAUUCAAUUUUAAUGGGGUUUCUGUAAAAUCGCAGAAUUCUAUUUCUGCUGGAGUUUAUGCUAGAGCUGCUACUGAACAAACCAUCCAUGAUUUUACUGUGAAGGAUAUUGAUGGAAAUGAUGUAGCUCUUAGCAAAUUCAAGGGGAAGGUUCUCCUAUGUGUCAAUGUUGCUUCAAAGUGUGGUUUGACAUCAUCAAACUAUUCAGAACUCUCACACCUGUAUGAGAAGUACAAGACUCAGGGCUUUGAGAUUCUAGCAUUCCCGUGUAAUCAAUUUGGAGGCCAAGAACCUGGCUCAAAUCCCGAGAUUAAAAAUUUUGCAUGUACAAGGUUCAAAGCUGAAUUCCCCAUUUUUGACAAGGUGGAUGUGAAUGGUCCUAACACAGCGCCAGUUUACCAGUUCCUCAAGUCAAGUGCUGGUGGGUUUUUUGGUGAUUUGGUCAAGUGGAAUUUCGAGAAGUUUUUGGUGGACAAGAAUGGCAAGGUUGUAGAGCGAUACCCACCUACAACAUCCCCUAUCCAAAUCGAGAGAUGAUAUGUUUUUCAUGUGCUAAAGGGAAUAAAUUGCUUUGAACUUACAGAAGGACAUUCAGAAGCUGCUGGCUGCAUAGAUCUUCAUUACUUGUAUGCACCUAUAAGAGAAGAUAAGUGCGGUAUUGUUUCAUCACUGCAGGAUACAUCAUAUGUUGUUGUUUUUUUUCUUUUUUUCUUUUUUUUUCUUUACACUGUUUCUCUUUGAGGAAAUGAUUGUAUGAAAAUGAAAUGCAAUCCUGAUACUUAACUGCUUUAUCAUGUUUGUGGAUUAGCCAUAGUUAGCUCACAAUAAGGGCAUGGAAUUACUAUCCUAUGACGUUGUAAAUAGUUUUUCUUUCUCCUACAUGUCAAUAUGAGAGAAAUCGAACCACUCCAAACGAAAACCAAAUUUAUAUGCAGAGGAGAGACUCAUGUAGUCAUUUAGUGUCUUAUUUAUACCUGAUGUACACAUCUUUUGUGAUACAAUAAACGUCAUUUUCUUUCUUCUUUGUCA